AUGGCGUCGCAGAUCAAACAGAUCCAGGUUGAGCGCGAAGACACUCGCCGGAAGUUGAAUGCCGAGAGAAGUCGGUUCGAAGAGGAGAAAGAGGCGCAUCGGCGAAGGAUUCUCCUCGAGAAGGAAAGGUUUCGACAGGAAGCGGAGGCGCUGGAUGCGGAGAAGCGUCGCAUCGUGGAUACAAAUAUCGCGACGGAGACUGUCGUCGACUUGAAUGUCGGGGGCGUCGUCUUUGAGGCAUCGCGGCACACACUCGUACAACAGCCUGGAUCUUUCUUGGAGAGUCUCUUGUCCGGUCGCCACCAUGUCUCUCGCGACAAGCAGGGCAGGAUCUUCCUCGACCGGGACUCGGAGCUCUUCCGCAUCAUCCUGAACUUCCUCCGCAACCCCUCUACGCCGCCCCAACCGAGGGACGCGGCGGAGAGCGACGCGAUCACGCAGGAGGCGGAUUUCUUGGGCAUUCGCUUCUUUCCUUUUCCGCUCGUCUUCGCGGUCGGCGGUCACAACGGCAGUGAGCACCUGCGCUCGCUCGAAGUCCUCGACGUUGGGCAGCAGUGUUGGCGGCCUUGCAAGGCGAUGGAGACUGAGCGCGCGUACUUUGGAAGCAGCGUUUUGCAGAAUCGCCUCUUCGUGUACGGAGGACAGAAUCUCGACUACAAGGCGCUGUGCGAGACGGAGAUCUUUGACUGCCUGCGCGACUGCUGGGUGACCGGCGCGCCGCUGAACGUGCCACGGCGCAACACGGGCGGCGUGUUCAUGACCGGCAGACACUUUGCAGUUGGCGGCUUCGACGGCUCCGACAUCCUCGCCAGCGUUGAGUGCUACGACCCGCGCAUGCGGAACUGGAUGGAAGUCGCGCCGCUGCACACGCCCCGCUCCAGCGCCAUGUGCUGCGUGCAAGACGAUCGCCUUUACGUGCUUGGCGGGACGAAGGGCGAGCGGCUGCGGAGUGUGGAGGUCUACGAGCCUCGAGUGAACAAGUGGGAGAUUCUGCCCUCUGAGAUGAUCGAAGUCCGCAGCGCAGGAAGUGCAGCGUGCAGCUUUGACCACAUCGUCGUCAUGGGAGGCAUCGACAACGGCAACGUGAUUCACAGCUCCGUGGAAGUCCUCGAUCCGCAGACCAAGCGCUGGGCCUUCCUCGCAAAUAUGGACGUCCCCCGCAUGGACUGCGCGGCCGUCGUCGUCUCGGAUUCGAUUUUGGUCACGGGCGGCCAGAACGAAGACGUGCUGUCGAGCACAGCGUUCCUCCGUCACGAGCUGAACGAGUGGAAGGCAGGACCUCCCAUGCUGUCUCCUCGCUACGGCCACGGCGUGCUAAUCGCGAAUUUGUAA